UGCUGUUUAAGAAAGUAAAGCCCCGGAGUUCAUGAGUCACAAUCUGGAAAGAAGAAAAGUUCUUUGACACUGGGAAUCUUCUCCAAGAACAGUCUGGUUGCUAAAGAGAGGCUGGCAAGCAACAUCACCAAUUCUAGUGUGACAAAUAACAACAGGAAGGUAAGAAGUCUGGCUUUGUACAAACAUGGGAAGCAACUCUGAAGAUCCUUCUCAUUGCAAGCAAAAAGUAGCAAAUGGGAAUUGUGUUGUUCCACCAGUCUCCGAAGAGAAGAGUUUUGAUAUGCUCUAUACAAUUGAAGAUGCGCCCCCAUGGUAUCUCUGCAUCCUCCUGGGAUUUCAGCACUACUUGACGUGUUUCAGUGGCACCAUCGCCGUUCCCUUCCUUCUGGCAGAGUCUCUCUGUGUAGGGAAGGACCAGUACACCAUCAGUCAACUUAUUGGCACCAUCUUCAGUUGUGUGGGCAUCACCACCCUCAUCCAAAGCACUGUGGGCAUUAGACUUCCUCUGUUUCAAGCCAGUGCCCUGGCAUUCUUGGUUCCUGCCAAAUCCAUCUUGGCCCUGGAAAAAUGGAAAUGCCCUCCAGAAGACCAAAUCUAUGGCAAUUGGACAUUACCACUGAACACUUCUCACAUAUGGCAACCAAGAAUGAGAGAAAUCCAAGGAGCCAUCAUCAUUUCCAGCCUGGUGGAAGUGGUAAUUGGAUUGAUGGGCAUUCCUGGGGCCUUGCUCAGCUACAUUGGGCCCCUGACAGUCACACCCACUGUCUCCUUAAUAGGUCUCUCGGUCUUCCAAGCAGCAGGAGAUAGAGCUGGAUCACACUGGGGCAUUGCCGCAUUGUCUAUUUUUUUAAUUGUUCUGUUUGCUCAGUACCUACGAAAUGUUUCUUUUCUCCUUCCUGGGUAUAAAUAUGGGAAAGGCUGCAUUUUGAUCCGGAUACAGAUCUUCAAGAUGUUUCCAAUCAUACUAGCCAUUUUGGUGGUCUGGCUGCUUUGUUACAUUCUGACAGUGACGGAUGUGUUUCCUCGGGAUGCCAGUGCCUACGGAUUCAAGGCCAGAACAGAUGCUAGAGGAGAAAUCUUGUCCAUAGCACCUUGGUUCCGUUUUCCCUACCCCUGUCAGUGGGGGAUACCCACAGUGACUGCGGCUGCUGUGCUGGGAAUGUUCAGUGCUACAUUAUCUGGCAUCAUUGAGUCCAUUGGAGAUUAUUAUGCUUGUGCCCGACUUGCAGGUGCUCCCCCGCCACCAGUCCAUGCCAUCAAUAGAGGCAUUUUUACAGAGGGAAUCUGUUGCAUCAUUGCUGGGUUGCUGGGCACUGGCAACGGUUCUACUUCCUCCAGUCCGAAUAUUGGAGUCUUGGGCAUCACCAAGGUGGGCAGCAGGAAAGUGGUACAGUAUGGUGCAGGAAUCAUGCUUAUUUUAGGAACUAUUGGCAAAUUUACUGCUCUGUUUGCCUCCCUCCCUGAUCCCAUCCUUGGAGGGAUGUUCUGCACUUUGUUUGGUAUGAUCACUGCAGUGGGUCUCUCCAAUCUGCAGUUUGUGGACAUGAAUUCCUCCCGCAAUCUUUUUAUCCUGGGUUUUGCAAUGUUUUUUGGGCUUACCGUUCCAAACUAUUUAGAUUCACAUCCGAAUGCUAUCAAUACAGGCAUUGCUGAAGUGGACCAGAUAUUAAGUGUGCUUUUAACCACAGAAAUGUUUGUUGGGGGCAGCAUUGCAUUUAUAUUGGACAACACUGUUCCAGGGACUCAAAAGGAACGUGGCUUAGUACAGUGGAAGGCUGGAGCACAUGCCAAUAGUGACGAAUCUGUAAAACUGAAGAGUUAUGAUUUUCCAUUUGGGAUGGGUCUGAUUAAAAGGACUCACUGGUUAAAGUAUGUACCAGUGUGCCCUCUUUUCAAAGGUUUUAAGUCAAGAACAAAGGAAGAUCCUGCUAUAUCAGAACAAGUAACCAAUACAGUGGAUGAAUCAGGAAUGUGUACCAAGGUUUGAAGGGGUUCUUCAUAGUAUCAUAGUUUGAAGGGGUUCUUCAUAGUGAACUAAAAUAAUACAAUGAAAAGUGAACAGAGACUGCAGAAAUAUUUAGCUGUAUUUAAAUUAUUCCAGUGAAAAUGUCUCAGGUCAGUCAAGAUCAAUGACUAAAACACAUCAGAGGACAUUUGUGUGGCUAUUCAAGAACCUUUAUUCUUGAAUAAAAGUUAAUUUUAUAAAAGUGAAAAUAAAAAUGGAAAACUUGAUUUAAGAGUUCAUCUAAGCACUGUUGAAACACACUGACUCAGAGGCAAUAAUUUUGUUCAUUUUGAUUUGUAAGUAUCAGUGUGAGUUUAGAAGGAAAGCAGGUACUUUCUUGAUGUUGAAAGACAUUUAUUUGAAGACUGCCAGAUGUGGGCCACAAAAUCCAGCAGGUGGCAGAUGAAAAAGAUACACAAAAUAUGAUUUGUUCCCAUCCAGAUCUUAGUCCAGAUCAGAUUGAGGUGAUCAUGUGUGAUCCAAGGUCAAAUUAUUGCAGUCAGUCCUAAUUAUGUGACAUUCAUUCAUACUUACAUGCAGGUAAAACCUUGAUUUUACUGACCAGUUUUUUUUGGGGGGGAGGGGGCUGUGUGUGAACAACUAUGUCCCUAAAAGUGUAAUGUCUGUGAAAUACAAUAAUAUAUAUUUAUGUCAUUGGUUGUUUCUGUCAAUUUCUGUCAAUUGUGUAAUGGAGCAAAUUAUAUCAAUUGUUGGGACUGUGCCAUAAACAUUUUUUUCUACUGUUUGGGGUAAUAGCUGAACUAAAAUAUUGCCCGUAACAUUCAGAAUCAAAAAUUGAGGUUAAGCAAUAGUUUUGCUUUGGUAAGUCAGAAUUUUUUUUUGGUUAAAAUAUUAAUAGAGACAACCAGUAAAGGCUGAAACCUAAGAGGAAAUUUUAAGAAAUCUGAACUGGUAGUUUAGUAGUUUAAAAAAAGGAAAUGGCAAACUUGACCUCUUGUCGAAUUAAACUUUUAGCAUCUUUCUCCAUUAACAUGAUGGGAAGGUAGCUUGGGUUGAGAUUCAAUUACAUGUGAAGAGGCCCAAACCUCAUACCAUACCUAUUCAAGUAUUUUCUUGUAUACUUGUCAAGUAAGUACUAAAAAAAUAAAAUAAUAGAGCUUAUAUGGCUUCUCAAUGUGAAAUUUUUAAGGUCAGUCCUCUUUAAACUGAUGUCCCCCAUUGCUUGGACUACAGCUACCUGCAAUUGCAUGACUAUUGCUAUAGUACAUGAAGGGAAUUAUAAUUCAGAACAUAUGAAGUGCAGCACAUUAGAGAACAGUGACUUACAGGUAGUCCUCGACUUACAACAGUUCACUUUGUGGCUGUUCGAAGUUACAACGGCACUGAAAAAAGUGACUUAUGACCAUUUUUUACACUUUGACCAUUGCAGCAUCCCCAUGGCCAUGUGAUUUACAUUCAGAAGCUUGACAAUUGAUUCAUAUUUAUGACGGUUGCAGUGUUCCUGGGUUGUGUGGAUCACCUUUUGCAAACUUCUGACAAGCAAAGUUAACGGAGAAACCAGAUUCAGUUAACAACAGGAUUACUAAUUUAACAACUGCAAUGAUUCACUUAAGAAAUGUGGCAACAUAAUUUUUGGGCCCAAUUGUGUUUGUAAGUUGAGGAUUUCCUGUAUCUUCAUUUGUUGAUUAUAAGUGCUAUUUUUAAAAUUCACCAUUAAGCCACCACUUAUGUCCUGGGUUUUUUCACUUCAUUUUUCCCAGAACCACUUUUUCCCAGAACUCUCCUUUGGUGUACAUCUGAAGCAAACCAGUCUUGUCCUGUUUCAUGAACAGACUAAUAUAUUCCAAACUACACCAUCUUGAGUCUGGACUACCUGAAGUUGCUCUCCUGUUCUUGAAAUAUUCUGAACAUUCCUAACAAUCAUUAAUCAAAGGUACUAAACACAAGCUACCACAUGUAGAAAUGGAGCAGCAAUGUUGAGGAAUUUACACACCAGAGCAACUACUAUAAAGCUUUGGUCGGGUUUUUAUAUAUCAUCUAAUUGGCUUUUGAGAUUUUCUAUUUGAAAUGCUGGCAUCUUUUUUUUACAGCAAACAUUCCUGAUAUUCUACAUGCAGUCUUGAAUACCUGCACCACCAAUCUUAUUGUUUCAUUGUCAGCUUGCAAGACUAUAGCCACUUUCAAUCUCAAAGGGUCACAAUUUCAUUUAAAAAGCUUCCAUAUUUAUGGCAUUUAGUAUUGUAUAAAG